CGCAAAGUCCUAUGCGUUCCCAAAUGGUUGUCUGCCGAUUGCCGUUCAGCAGCGGUGGUGGUGGUGGUGAUCGGUGAUCAAGUGAAGAAGUGCCUUCGGUGCGUGAAAUUUGUAGUGGCCUGUGUGCGUGUGCAUGGUGUGUAGUGGGAAUGAUCCGUGCCCAACAGUGUCUUCCGGAAUACAAAGGUGUACCUGAGGUCGGGUUCCUCGGAUCGGAGAUUUGUAUCGAAUAAAGACGAGGGCAAGUUUCGUAGAAUAGUGUGACUUCCGAAAAAACAAGGCUGUCGUCCAGAGCAGAGCGCCACUUCAAUGAAUACGUCCGCCGUCCUGCUAGGACAUGCCGUCGAUCCUGAUGCAGCCCUCGCGGCCGAAGGGAACACCGAAUGGCAGACGCUGCACUGCAGCAAAGAUGCCCUCACCGACUUGUUCGGCUGGUUCCUGCAGGGCAUAUUGGCCAGCCUUGCGUUCACCUGUCUUAUCGCUAAACGUUUCUGCGAACCACAAUACAAUCGGCGCUCGUGGGAAACAUGGUGGUACGACACCAGCAAGCAGGGCAUCGGCGCUCUGGUGAUCCACAUGGCCAAUGUUUACCUGGCCCCGCUGUUCCAAGGCGAUCCCUGUACCUGGUAUAUCAUCAAUUUCCUGCUGGACUCCACAAUCGGUCUGUUUAUCAUUUACAUCGGCAUCAAAACUUGUCAGUAUUUAGCGCGCAAGAAAAAAUGGGAUGCCAUCAACUUUGGCGAAUACGGGGCCCCAAAAUCGUGGUUCUACCAAACGUGCAUCUACGUGUGGCUGAUGGUGGUCGUUAAGCUUAUAACAACCCUAAUCAUUCAGUUCGACGUUUGGGACAACGUGAAAAACUUUGUCUUGUCGCCGUUCAAGGACCCGCGAAUAGAGCUCGCGGUGGUGAUGUUGGUCAUACCGUUCUUCGUAAAUAUACUUAUAUUCUGGGUGACCGACAACUUCUUGAUGCGGCACACGCGCAAAAAGCGGAACACCACGUCCAGCACGCACGGCCACCACGGCGCGCACGGGCGCGAACAUAGUUUACUGCAAAAAGUAAAAUACAAAAUGAUACACAAAACCAAACCAAAUGACUCAGAAUCUGAUACUCUUUUAUCAGGCGAUGAAGAAAUUUUAAGCUUCAAAGCGCCCAACGGUGGCCACGGCCACAGAUCGGUUGCGGGUGGUGGUCGGCAGCAGCACGGUCCCAAUCCACAGCACCAUCCGCACAACCACAACCUGGGGGACCUGUCGCUGCCGGCCGGGAUCAGUGGCAAUUCGUCGUCGCUACUAACACCCAUCGAUAUGGAUACGGCAAUCAUACUGACCUCGUCACGGACAUCACCGGCCUCGAGCAGGCAAACAGUUCAGCAGCGGACCAGUGUAAUUAACAUUUAAGCUCAAUCUAAUCCCAUUCCUGGGGAAAACCUGGGGUACGUCACCAACGCAUCACGGUCAGGGGAAAGCACCAAACCCCGCACACACCAACUCCUUUCCAGUCCGUGUCCGGUUUUAGAGUUUUCCCGCCGUUUUGUGAGGCACGAAAAUCACACACGAAUUGCGAAACACAACUUAAGUCUGAGAAGCAAUAGUCUGACGGUAGCAGCGUCGUGUGGCGAGCACGAAGUCCAAAGACGACCAUAACGACGGCGAACGGUGGAUGUACUUUGUGGUUUUAAUGGGAUUGUUCAUACGGUUGGUUGUUAAAGUUAAACUGGGACAGAGCAUUACCGAACAUAGGCCGGCCGUUUUGGUUACUAAUGGUUUCAACCGUUGUCUGGAGUUUGAGGUGCAAGAUACAAUAGAAUGUUUUGUGAUAAAUAUAUAAACAUAAACGCGGAACCCAGAGUGUAUGAGGAUCAAGCGAUGGAAUCACGAAGCGAGCGACAGUUUUAUACGAUGGGUCCAAUAGAAUGUUCAAACGGUCAAAAUAAGUUUACGAACAGUACGAAUGGAGAAAUCAAGCAAAUGAUAUUAGACGGACGUAACAUAUUCCUACAGUUCCAGCCCACAGAAGAACGAAAUGUACCCAUUCCCGUAACGGAUAAGAGCUCUAGGAUGCUAAAACACAGCGGCACAGCUCUGGGUGCCGCCAAAUUUAACAGAUAUCAAGAAAAGUUUUGAGCCCGAAACGCUCACCGUGUAAUACAUUGGCGUUGAUGAUUUUGAACUGUUACUUGUUAUUUCGCGCUUAUAUGGCGGGACGGUGAGAUGCUAUGAGUAAUGUAUUUGUGCUAUAGUUAAGUUGAGAAUUGGAUUUUUUAGCGAAAAGCGUAAGAUGUAUUGAGGUCGAUGUGUAAAAUAAAAUUGAAACAACGAAACAACACACCACCACUAUUCGCCUUUCCACGCACGUGGAAACUACACGUAAGAGUCGCAAAAAGGUUAGGUUAUAUCGUUGGUGGCAGAACAUUGAUUUUACGGUUAAUCAUGCUAUUAUUACUACUGCUGCUGUUCUAUUUUAUACAUAAAUAUACACGAACAAGUACUGUUUAAGGAUAGCGUCU